CACAAAUGUGUUGUUGGACUCGAUUGUUCAAAGUACCACCCAUCAAGCACAUCCAAGAAACAAAAACAAUGCAUACUCUGACUCUUCAAUUGCUUAACCACCUAUGUACUGAAGUUUUGAAAGUGUCAAGAGCAAAGGAAAUAUUUAGACAAUCAUUCAUUAAUGGGGCAAAAUAUGGGAUUCCCGAGAUUCUGGAAGAGAUUAUAAAGUCAUAUCCUUUUGCACUCGAGUAUGUGGAUGAGGAACUAUUCAAAUUGGCAGUAUUAAAUCGUCAUGAAAAGAUUUUCAACCUCAUCUGCGAAACCGGUAUGCAUAGACAACUUAUAAUACGAACCAAAGAUGAUUCAAGUAACAUCUUGCAUUUGGCUGGAAAAUUGGCCCCUCCGCACCGGCUCAGUCUCGUUUCUGGUGCAGCUCUACAAAUGCAACGCGAGUUACAUUGGUUUAAGGAAAUUGAAAAAUAUGCCCCGAUAGCCUUCAGUGAAUCUGAGAAUGAAAACAAAGAUAAACCGAAAAUGGUAUUUAUAAAGGAACAUGAAAAGUUGAUAAAAGAAGGGGAGAAAUGGAUGAAAGGCACAGCAAAAUGUUACACAUUAGCAGCAGCGCUUAUUGCUACUGUAGUGUAG